AUAUGUUACGGUCCAGGUGGAUAAAUCAGUCAUUGUAAUACAAUGUCCGGACAUUGUGUACAAUGUCCAAGACAUUUGGGCAAAGUAAAUAAUACAUAUUUAAUUCCUGUAUAGACUAGGUCAUUGUAAUACAAUGUCCAGUCAUUGUAUACAAUGCUAAAACUGGUGUGGUCAAUGUGAAUAUUAGAGUUAUUUUAGAGUUUAAUAUUUUUGUUAUUUCUUUCAGGCACUACGUCCUACGGGUUACGAUAACUUUUAUCAGUAGUGUCAUUAGUAGAUAAUUAGGAAUCGGUGGGCACUUUCAACAUACGCCGCUUGGAUAUUCGUCGUCCAUCAAUAACAACAAUUUAUAUCGCAAUUUAUUAUUAUUAUCAUGGAACUCUAUGUAGGCAUAUAGCCAUAUCUAUCAUAGACGACAGUACGCGUACUGCUGUUUACCUGUGCCGUUUAGUGCUGUGUUAUAAUUGUGUAGUAUUUGUGCGUGUUUUUUUUUAAAAUGGAAAAUACAUUUAAUAAUCGUUUAAAUAAUAUUUUAGAUCUUAAAAAACCUAACAGUACAUAUUUAAGUAAACUUAAAUAUGAUGAACUUAUAGUACAUUUAAAAGAAUUAAAAUUGAAAAAAACCAAAAUUCCAAAUGAUUAUAAAUUGAUUAAGAAGUAUGAUACAAUGCGAGUGUGUAAUGUGGAAAAACUUGUUGUACCAAUAAAUGAAGGUAACCAAAUUAAAUAUUACGUGCAUAACGAAGAACUUUUUAAUAUCCUCCAUGAAACUCAUUUAUCAAUCGGGCACGGAGGGCGUAGUAGAAUGGAACACGAGUUAAAUAUUAAAUAUAAAAAUAUAACAAGGGAGGCAAUUAUGUUAUACUUGAACUUAUGCGAAUCAUGCCAAAAAAAAGGAAGUACAAUUAAAAAAGGCUUAGUAGUCAAACCUAUUAUAUCAAAAGAAAUGAAUUCAAGGUGUCAAAUAGAUUUAAUUGAUAUGCAGGCCCAGCCUGAUGGUAAUUAUAAGUUUAUUUUAGUCUAUCAAGACCAUUUAACUAAAUUUGUAAACUUGCGUCCUUUAUCUAAUAAACGUGCUGAGGAAGUUGCUUAUGUUUUACUGGAUAUAUUUACAACUUUUGGUGCUCCAGCUAUAUUGCAAAGCGAUAAUGGUAGAGAAUUUUCAAACAAGAUAGUAGAAGAAUUAUGUAGUAUGUGGAAAGAUUUGAAAAUAGUACAUGGUAAGCCUCGCCAUUCUCAAAGUCAAGGUUCAGUAGAACGUGCCAACCAAGACAUAGAGAAUAUGUUGGGAACGUGGUUGGAAGACAAUAAGACCAAAAAAUGGAGCGAAGGCAUAAAAUUCGUACAAUUCAUGAAAAAUCGAUCUUUUCAUCAUGGCAUUAAAUCUUCACCGUACGAAGCUAUGUUUGGCUCUAGGGCUAAAAUUGGAUUAAAUAAUUGUGUACUCCCAAUGCAUGUAGUAGAAAAAUUAAAAACAGAAGAAGAUUUAGAAAAAGCCUUAAACACUAUUGAAGAGAAAGAAAGUAAAGAAAAAAACAAGGAAGGCAAUGAAGUGAUUGUAGAAGAAAAUGAAGAAAAUUACAAUUCUGAGGAUGCUUUAAGCUCUAGAAAACUUUCUAUUCAGAUAAAAAGAAAUGAAUCUGUGCAGAAUUUAGAAAAGCAAGCAAAUAAAAUGAAAUCUCUUUCUGAAAGAAGAUUUUGUGAAGGAAACAUUGGAGAUUCAGUAAAAAUAAAAAUACCAGACGUAGAUAGAGCUCGAAGCGACUUACGAUCAAUUUUGGCAGUAAUUAUAUCAAUGGAAGACGGAAAUUAUAAAUUGGGCACAACCAAAGGUAAACUGCAACAUUAUUAUAGUAGAAAUCAAUUUACUAUUUGCAAGGAGAAGUUUGUGAGUGUUGAUGAAGUCCCCGAUAUUCAGUUGUCUCUAAGAGAAGCAGCUAGGCUAUUUUCAAAUCUAGGAGGCCAAGGCUAUGACCGCUGCACUUGUGUUCAAAAAUGCGAAACAAGGAGAUGCAAAUGUAAAGCUGCUGGAAUUUUAUGCAACUCUAAAUGCCAUAGUGGUAAUACUUGUAAAAAUAAAUAAUUUCAAUAUUCAAUAAAAAUUAAUAUAAAUAAAAUAUUCUCAAUUUUAUUUGCUAAUCAAAUCUCUUAAAAAAAUAUUAAAUAAAAUUAUAUAAGUCAUUAAUUAUUAAUAUAUGUAUUUUAUUCACUUGGCACCUGCAGUUCUGGUCAUUGUAUACAUUGUCUGGUUUAUGUGAAUAAUUAUCUACAUGGCUUGAAUAAUUCGGACAUUGUAAACUUUGUCCGGUCAGUGUUUACAAUGACCAUUUAUCCACUUGGACCGUAACAUAUAU